CCCUCGAGCUGACAGCUGGGGGCGGGACUUCCCCUGACUGCGCUCUGCCCAGGAAGUCGUCGUGUUGCUGUUACGUCCUCCUCUUCCAGCCUUGGCAGGAAGCAGAAGAAGAACCAGAGCUGGGGAAAAGUUGAUUUUUUUAAUUUUUGCAGCGGGGGGAAACUAAGAACAGGAGACUCGCCCCCCCCUCGCCCGCCCGCCGGCGCCGAACCGUCCCCCGGGCUGCCGUCGGCUCGCCGGCUGUCACCGGGAGGAACCGGCCACGAGAAGGAGGCUCGCUGAGAGUGAGAGGGGGGGUGAGGGCGAAAUUUCCACACGCUCCUCCUCGCGGGGUGUUCGCAGCGAGCUGUCCGCCGCGGGGACAUGGAAGCACCGCGCGCUCCUUCCCGCGGGGGGUCCCGGGCUGCGGGGGGGCGUGUUUAGCGAGGCAGCCACAGGUGAUCAGGGAGGAUCGAUCAGGCGCUGAUCCAUCACUCGUCGGCUCAUGUGGAGCAACUAGCGGACGCGCGCGAGCCAGCAGGCACUCCUGGAGCGAGAGGACAUUGAAGGUUGAGGCUCUGCCAGAACCCAAAGAUGACUCCUGUCCUCCACCUCCACCUCCCGGUGGUGUCACUUGUUCUUUCUCCACGUCGCAGUGAGCCAGCAACGCGUGGCGCCACACCUGUGAUCGCAUGCCUGUGAUGAUAAACUUGCUGCCCUCGCCCUUUCCUAUCGUCUGCAAGAAGAGCCACCCCCUUCCGUUCGGCCCCGGCCCCCCUGCUCCACCCUCCUCCCCCCGAGUUCCUGGGCCAUGCUCCGCAAGAGAGGCUCUCUCAUUUUCUGCGGCACGCUCCUGUUCGUGACCUGGAACGCCAUACUGGUGCUCCUGCUCUGGGGGCGGCCCCCGGCCCCCGGCCAGCCGGGCGAGCCCGACCGGGCGCACGGGGACGCGGCCGAAGGCCCCACCGGCGACGUGGUGGGGGACGUGAUGCGGAUGGCCGACACCUUCGAGAAGGAGCUCGAGCUGCAGAAAAACAUCCUGCUGCAGAUCAAGAAGCAGCAAUCGCUGAGGGAGCCGAAGGCGCCGCCCUCCCCCGUCGUCCCCAUCCUGGUGAUCGCCUGCAACCGGGUCACGGUGAGGCGCUGCUUGGACAAGCUCCUGCAGCUCCGUCCGUCCGCCGAGCUCUUCCCCAUCGUCGUGAGCCAGGACUGCGGGCACGCCGAAACCGCCGAGGCCAUCCGAUCCUACGGGAGCCAGGUGAUUCACCUGAAGCAGCCGGACCUGUCGGACGUGGCGGUGCGACCGGAACACCGGAAGUUUCAGGGUUACUACAAAAUCUCCAGGCAUUACCGGUGGGCUCUCAACCAGGUGUUCAAGACCCUCUCCUACUCCGCCGCCGUGAUUGUGGAGGACGACCUCGAGGUGGCGCCCGACUUCUUCGAGUACUUCCAAGCCCUGCUGCCCGUGCUGAGGUCCGACCCCAGCCUGUGGUGCGUGUCGGCCUGGAACGACAACGGCCGGGACGGCUUCGUGGAUCCGGGCCGGGCGGACCUGCUCUACCGGACGGACUUCUUCCCCGGUCUCGGGUAGAUGCUCCUCGCGGAGCUGUGAGAGGAGCUAGAGCCCAAGUGGCCCGCUGCCUUCUGGGACGACUGGAUGCGUCAGCCGGAGCAGCGCCGCGGCCGCGCCUGCAUACGGCCGGAGGUCUCGCGAACUUUGACCUUCGGCCGGAAAGGAGUGAGCCUGGGGCAGUUUUACGACAAGUACCUGCGAUACAUUAAGCUGAAUAACAAGUUUGUGCCUUUCACCGAGUUGGACCUGAGCUACUUGAAGGAGGAGGCGUACAGGGAGCGCUUCGAGAAGGAGGUCUACAGCGCUCCCGUGGUGACCUAUGAAGACGUGAAGCAGGGGCAGCUCCAAGGUUCUGGGCCCGUCCGCCUUCAAUACUCCAAGAAGGACAGCUUCAAGCUGCUGGCCAGAAACCUGGGCGUCAUGGACGACCUGAAGUCUGGAGUCCCGAGGACCGGGUACAGAGGGGUGGUCACUUUCCUCUCCAGAGGGCGCAGGAUCUACCUGGCCCCGCCUCCAGGGUGGACCAAGUAUGAUCCCACCUGGAGCUGAUGGUCCGGCCCGAGGUUCUACGUCUCUGGAUGUCUGAAGCGUGACUCGGUGAUUUGUAAUAAUGCUGCAUGGAUCGUCUUUCUCUGGUGUUUUGGGGUCUUUGGCGAUGCCACUCAGGUCUUUUUCAUUUCCCUACAGCCUCUAAACGGCUCGUUAGAGAUCUAUUUUUAUAUUCUAUACCCUAAACACUAGUUGUGCACACAGUCAUUCACGCAAUUAAUGAAAUGACCUAAUUUGCCUCUUUGGUGAUAAUUAUUUGCCAUUUUCUGCUGAUUACGUCUGGUGCCAAUAUAACCUGUGGUGUGGUUUCUCACGGUGAUGGAGACAUGUUUUAACUGCGGUAUAAUGAUUCUCGUUGUCUAUGAAAAUCAAUUCUUCCUGCUAAAAUAAUUCUUGAAUGAUUCUCCAAUGCAGUACACGCCUUGCAGUUUUGUUACUCUUGAUUAUUUUUGGAAUAAAUGAAAUACACAAUCUUUAAGUUGUAA